AUGGAUGAGUUGGUUGAUGCCCUUAAAAAAUUGGGUGCUCAGGUUUCAGAAAGAAUAUUUAAAAAUCCCACCAAAGAUGAGACAGUAGGUCUAUAUUGUUUGGCAAUUCAAGAGGUGUUUGGCAGAGCAAUCACUCAAGUUAGGUAUGAAGAAGCUAUGGGCACACUUAAAAGUAAUCCAAAGUCUGAUUUAUUUGAGACUUUCGGAUUUACAAUUGAAAGCAAUUCGUAUAAGUCAAUAGGGGACCUUCGUUUUUAUCGUUAUUGUCAGCGUUUACAUUCUGCUCUUGGCCUUGAGCCAAUUAACCCUACGACCAUAUCAAAUCCAACUUCGGCUGAUAUAAAGAAAUUUGGUAAGGCAUUGCUCGCAUUUUUGAAGUUUCGUGACAAUGUACUACAGUUACUGGGCACAGACUUGGACACUUUGAUUCAGUCACUAGACGUCAAAUUUGCUUUGAUAAAUGACAGUAAUCAAGCAGUUAGGGAAUUAAGUGAAUUUUCCAGAUGCAACGAAAAAAACGUGCAUGUCAUAUUAAAUAUGCAACAGGAAAAGAAGUGUCUCGAGACAAAACUUACCCUCAUUAAUGAAGAAUUUACCAUGUUUAAGGAAAGAUUACGAACGGUGAACACUAGAAUUAAUGAGUUGCAAGAGUCGAUAGAGCAAAUAUUACUACAAACUGUAGUUGCCAGGCAGACUAAUCAAGAUUUGCAAGAUCAGGUUGUUGAGGAUCCUGAUAAAUUUAAGUCAGAUCUUAUGCAAUAUAACAGUCAGAUUGAUUCUGGCAACUUGGAACUUGAUCAUCUAAAGAAAAGUGAGGAAAAGCUGCAUGAAAAAAUUGCAAAUUUUCAGAACUCUAAAUCCCGCAUUGACACAACAAUAAAUCUUAUUUUAUCACAUUUAGACAAUGUGAUUUACCCUUAUUCCGAACUAAUUUCAAGUAUAACAAGCGCCACUGCUGAUUCACAGGCAAUAGAUGAUGAUUUGAAACGUAUAAAUCUUGAAAUUAAUGACUGUCAUGAAACGUUAAAAUGUUGCAAGCUGGAUCAAGAUAAUAUGCAAAGAAAUAUGAGUUUGCUGGAGAACAAACUAGCAGAUAAUACUAAAAGGCUGAGUAUGAUGGAUGAAACUGGACGAGAAAGGAUUGAAUCAGUACAUAAAAGGAUAAAGGAGAAAGAAGAAGCGUGUUUAGAACUGGAGAGGGAAAUUAAAAAAUUGGAAAUCCUUAAACUUGCCAAGGAUACAAAUUUCAACAAUUGUAUACAGGAUUUUGUUACUUUGUUACACCCAUAUGAAAAAUUAUUGCGGUAUUACUAG